UCAUACACAUAUCUGACAUUUUGCUUUUGUUUGUUGAUAGACUUAGUAGAUAAUAUAUUAUUUGUAGGGUUAUACAUCUUGAUAUUAUAUUCUCUUUGAAAAAUUUCUUUAAUUGUGUAGAUAAAUUCAAUAUUGCACAAUGGGUAAAGGAUUUAAUAACUAUAUGUGUAAAAAAUUCUUUCAUCCAGCAUCCAGAGAUAAUUUGAAAAGGGUAUGGAUGGCAGAACAAAAAGCUGAAGCAUAUAAAAAGAAACAAGAAGAACUUCGCCAACAAUACGAAAAAGAACAAGAUCUUCAUGACAACAAAGCUAUGCUCAGCAAAGAGAGUAAAGAUAAACUAAGCAUUAGUUUUAUGUAUGAACCUCCUCCUGGUGCAAGAAAAGAAAGAGAACGCGAAGAUAAUGAACCCGAAUAUAAAUUUGAAUGGCAAAGAAAGUAUAAUGCACCCAGAGAAAGUUAUUGUCAGGGAGAUCAAGAAAUACGUGAUCAACCCUUUGGCAUUCAAGUCAGGAAUGUCAGGUGUAUUAAAUGUCAUAAAUGGGGUCAUAUUAAUACAGAUAAGGAAUGUCCUAUGUAUAGUUUAUCAAUGAGUGCAGCAAGGUCAUUGGAAAACGCGACUGUAAUGGAUCAGAAGUCUUUAGUGCAGCAAAUGUUGGAUGAUGGUUUAGCAUUAAAGAAACAACAUGUCAAUACAGUGGAAGCAAAUAAGCAUCUUCUAAUUAGUGAAGAUGAAGAAGAUAAUGAAGAAGUUACAUUUUUAAAGUCACUCACAAAAAAGCAGAAAAAAGCUUUGCUAAGAAAAUUGGAAAAAUUGGAGAGACAGCCUGACGAAAAAAGAAAACAUAGGAGGGAGAGUGGCAGUGAAUCAUCAGAUGAUGGAAGAUCCAGGAAGAAAUCUGUGAAGAAAUUUAAAACCGAGAAUUAUAAAAAUAAACAUACUGAUUAUACAAGAAAAUAUACAAAUAAUGUAGAAGAAAAAGGUAAAAAGAAUUAUAGAAAGCGGUCAGUGAGUAGUGAUAGAGAAGAAAGGAACAGAAAAAGUAAAUCAGUAAUCAAAGAUAAAAAGAGACAAAAAAGAUAUUCAAGUAGUGAGGAAAGUGAUGAAAAAUAUAGUUCCAAAAAAAGACGUCAAGACUAGAGAAGGCUUUAUUUGUGUAUAUUAUGAUUAGAAUAUAUUUAUAAAUAUAA